AUGUCUGAGCCUGGCCCCGAGUCACUCCCAACUAGCGCCGAUCCACGCAGCAAACGGCCCACCAAGCGUCGCGCCAUUACACCACACUCGGAACAAGCAACGGAAAUCAAGACACUCUUCAAAGACCCAUCAAAGGAGAUUCGGCUUCCGGGAACAGACAAGCGCGUCGGCUCCUUACUCUCCGCACCACCAGAGAUCGUCGCCAAUGUCCAGGGUUCCUCGGCCGGAGCAGGCUCGGGCGAGUUCCACGUCUACAAAGCAAGUCGGCGGCGAGAGAAUGAGCGCGUGCGCCAGAUGGAGGCGGAGGUGACAAAGGAGAAAGAGGACGAGCAGUGGAAGAGGGAACGAGAAGAGGCGAGGAAAAAGGAUGAGCAGAAGACAGACAAGAAUCGGCGGAGGAGAGAGAAGAAGAAGGCUAUGAGGGGGAAGCCGAAGAAUCCUGCUAGUGCCAUGCAUAUUGAUGGUCCUUCGCCUGGUAUGGCGAAGGGAGGGACGGCUCCUGGUGAGCCAGUAGCUACUGGUGCCCGGACUGCGGAUUCGGAGGCACAGUAUGUCGAGGAGGUUCCUGGUGUGAUUAUUCACGACGAAUGA